AUGGAUAGAAACAAUAAGAAAGGCAAAAAAACUCUUGAUCUUACCUUAAAGUUGGGGCCAUCAAAUCAAGAGGAUGAUGAGGCUUCUGAAGAAAAUCCUGAUUUGAUGUACAAUGGAUACUAUGUUGUACAUCAUCCAAAUAUCAUGGGCUAUGGCUUCCAAAUGGGUUUCGAACCGGCAUUUGUAGGGCAGGCUAGCAAUAACUUUGUGUACCAAGGCCAUUAUGCUGCUCAAAACUAUUCUGCAAGCAACAAUAACCCUGGAAAGUAUUGUAGAGUUUGUGGUCGUACAAGGACUCCAUUAUGGAGGAAAGGACCAACUGGUCAUCAAGUA